ACGCGUGGAAAUGACGACCUUUGCCGCUGCGCCUGUCGGAGAGCUCUCUUCUCGGGCCUCCUGCCUCGCUUCUCGUGCUCUCUAUCGGCUUGCUAUCAUCAUGCGAGCCAUCUGGCAAUCCGACGGUAUCAAUGCCGUUGACCGAAUUGGAAAAAGCCAAGAUCAAACCGGAGAUACGCUCAACCUCGCAUGAUCAUGCUCACGCCUAGUCAAGUCCAAGAGAUCGAUUUUGUCAAGACUUACGGCAGACACCGCAAGAUCCGCUUUGCCCCCGAAUGCAAAGUCAUGUCGAUGCCGGCGCCCAAGGAUCUGAAGCACGUCUUCGUACGCCAGGAGCGUGUCCGCAUUCGCAUUCGUCGUGAAGAGAUUGCAGCGCAGAAAGCACUUGUUGCUGCUGAACGCGAGCAGAAACGCGAAAUCAAAUGCACGCAAGGCAUGGUCAGACAGAUUGCAACCCAGCGUCCUCGGGCUAGACAGGAGCGGUCGGAUGCGUCGACUCCCACAGUCGUUGAGCAGCCCAUUGUGCUCAAGUCAAUACUGCUGCGUCGCUCUUCGACCGCUUCGUCGAAGAGCAGUUCUUCGUCGGCUUCGAGCACUUUCAGCAGCUCGAGCCUGCUCUCUGCAGCCACAACAGCACCUCCCGUACUGUGCAUUGCGAUCAUUGAGACUCACUCCGCCCCACCACAUGAUCGAGCCAUCCUCAGGAUCACGCGAUCACCAGCCGAGUCAAGGACAGCCCAGACCAUGCAGCCUGCCGUGCAAUCUUGCAAAGCUAUGUGCAAGACUUUGCAAGCCGUCAAAGCACAACGCUGCCGGGAGUACGUCGAUCAGAUCCGCCAGGCUUAUGCUUCGAUCUUUCAAGAUGAAGAUGGCCAAUGCUACGACGAUGGUCCGAAUGAGGCCGGCAAGCGUACGCUCGACUACUUGCUCGGGCCAAAAUACUGCCGCUUGCCUCCGCCUCGUACGCCGCUGCAGCAGACGCAGAGCUGGUUCUCUCGUCUUAGAAGCGUCACUGUGUGAUCAUUGCACACUCGCUUCAUAGCCUUGUCGUGUGCCUCAGUGAGUGAGUCAGGCAGCUCGGUUGACGAUCCAACCUCGCGAAUAGAAGCCUCGGCUGAGCAUAUCGUGUGCCUCAUCGGGCACGUGCACAGUCCUGAUACUGUCUUGCUCGAGCAACUCGAGCUGCUUGUUGCCUUUGCGGAUGUAAUACUCGAUCGCGCCGAUUUGUCGCCGAGUCAGUCCCCCACCAAGGGACGGCGACCUGAACUGGUGCUGAACGAACAGAUACCACUCUAGUCUGUUGUCCUAC